AUGGGCCCCGCGAAGUCGUCACAGAAGGGCAUGGGAGGCCUGCUCUGCAAAAUGGUCUUCUUCUCCCUCAUGAUCAUCGGGCUCCCAACAGCGACGUUCUUCCUCUCGUACCACCAUCACAUGGAUGGCUUCUGGAAGUCUUUAGGCCUGAGGCUGACGAGCAGUAAUCGUGCUACGUUCAGCGGCGCGGCGGCGGUUCUGGUUGCCAACGUCUGCGUCAUUUGCUACGUGCUCAUGGCGGUGUUCGAGGACACGGGCUACAAGGCCAAGAGCGACUGA